GAUGUUUCCAUCGAUGUUUCUCCACCUCUAGCAAAUAUGUUUUGUUUUGCUAUGCCUAACUAAAUAAUGGCACUAAAUGAUCCUUCACAGCGGAAUCAGGUGAUCGUGCUCCAGGCCGGUUACUCUCGUCAAGAAGACGGAGACGAGUCCGCCAUGAGAGCGAACUGCACCUGCACACUGGUCCGCUGCAGGGAUGGCACCAACGUUAUAGUGGACACCAUGACGGCCUGGGAUGGAGAGCACCUGCGUGCGUUGCUUGGCGAACAUGGCCUGGGCGUCGGGGACAUUCAGGUGGUGGUAUGCUCCCACGGACACUCGGACCACGUCGGGGGCAACUAUCUGUUUCAGAAGGCACGAAUGCACUUAGUCGGCGCGUGCGCCUCGCAUCGUGACCUUUACAUGGAUCACUUUGGCAGAGGAAAACAGGACGAGGAACUGGUGCUGGACUCCCAUGCCGAGGUGGUUGUGAGGAGGUCACCAGGACACACUCUCGGCUGCGUUUCCGUGAUUGUGUCCAACUCCCAGUUGGGGGGACGGGUGGGUAUCACCGGAGAUCUCUUCGAGCGAGCCGAAGACAUAGACGACGAGAGCAUUUGGAAGGAUGCUGGAAGCGAAAGUGAGACGCUGCAGCGUAAGGAGCGCAGUAAAAUGGCACAAGUUUGCGACUUUAUUGUCCCAGGACAUGGUCCGAUGUUUCAAGUUACACAAUCGAUGCGUUCUAAGCUGAAAGAAGAAAUUUAAAAUAUAUAAAUAGUUGCAUUUGCAUGAUGUAUCAGCGUGUCACAUAUUUUGGUUUGUUCCGUCGAAAGUAAAUGUUUUAACCGA